GAGGUUCCGGGGGUGGGGCGGCUGGAGGGGAAAGGGCGAGCGGGUAGUGGGCCGCGGCGAGUGAGGCGGCCCGGGCAGAGGAGGAGGAGGAGGAAGCGGCGGCGGGGGUGCGGCCGCCAAGGGGAACUCCUCCCCCGUUCCCUCACCCCCCUCAGUUCAGCUCCCCGAGCCCCGGGCGGGGCGGGGGGACGUGGAGCGGGGCAGGGCGGGGAAGCCGCCCCGACUGGUCGGGAGCGCACCCCAGCUCCGAGCGCACGCCGCUUGCAAGAACUUUGUGGUGGCGCCGCAGGUGUGGGGGCCCGCGGAGGUGUGCAUGUGGGGCGUGAGGGCGUCGCGGAGAGCGGCCGCAGCCCUGUCCGGCCCCCGCUGGAGUAGCCCGGAGGCAGCGAGCAAGGAGAAAGGUGUGUGCCCUCUUCCUGAUACUGGAGAAAAAUGCCAGUCCGGAAGCAAGACACCCAGAGAGCAUUGCACCUUUUGGAAGAAUAUCGUUCAAAACUAAGCCAAACUGAAGACAGACAGCUCAGAAGUUCCAUAGAACGGGUUAUUAACAUAUUUCAGAGCAACCUCUUUCAGGCUUUAAUAGAUAUUCAAGAAUUUUAUGAAGUGACCUUACUGGAUAAUCCAAAAUGUAUAGAUCAUUCAAAGCAGUCUGAACCAAUACAGCCUGUAAAUACUUGGGAAAUUUCCAGCCUUCCAAGCACUACUGUGACUUCAGAAACACUGCCAAGCAGCCUUAGCCCUAAUGUGGAGAAAUACCGGUAUCAGGAUGAAGACACACCUCCUCAAGAGCACAUAUCCCCACAAAUCACUAAUGAGGUGAUAGGUCCGGAAUUAGUUCAUGUCUCAGAGAAGAACCUGUCAGAAAUUGAGAAUGUCCAUGGAUUUGUUUCCCAUUCUCAUAUUUCACCAAUAAAGCCAACAGAAGCUGUACCUCCCUCUUCUCCCACUGUCCCUGUGAUCCCUGUCCUGCCAGUCCCUGCUGAGAAUACUGUCAUCCUACCCACCAUACCACAGGCAAAUCCUCCUCCAGUACUGGUCAACACAGAUAGCUUGGAAACGUCAACUUAUGUUAAUGGCACUGAUGCAGAUUAUGAAUAUGAAGAAAUCACACUUGAAAGGGGGAAUUCAGGGCUUGGUUUCAGCAUUGCAGGAGGUACGGACAACCCACACAUUGGAGAUGACUCAAGUAUUUUCAUUACCAAAAUUAUUGCAGGGGGAGCAGCUGCCCAAGAUGGAAGAUUACGGGUCAAUGACUGUAUAUUGCGAGUAAACGAAGUAGAUGUUCGUGAUGUGACACAUAGCAAAGCAGUUGAAGCAUUGAAAGAAGCAGGGUCUAUCGUACGCUUGUACGUAAAAAGACGGAAACCGGUAUCAGAAAAAAUAAUGGAAAUAAAGCUCAUUAAAGGUCCUAAAGGUCUUGGGUUCAGCAUUGCUGGAGGUGUUGGAAAUCAACAUAUUCCUGGGGAUAAUAGCAUCUAUGUAACCAAAAUAAUUGAAGGAGGUGCAGCACAUAAAGAUGGUAAACUUCAGAUUGGAGAUAAACUUUUAGCAGUGAUGUUAGUGGUUGCUAUUGAGAUAUCCUUAAAUUCAGAGAUUCUUUUCUCAGCCAUUGCCAGACUAUUAAUAAGUCCAUCAAAGGCAUUCUUCAUUUCUGUUAACAGUGUUUUUGAUGUCUAUGCUUUUUACUUUCUUUCUUUUGAAGCUUCUUCUCAACCUGUUGAUAACCAUGUUAGCCCAUCUUCCUAUUUGGGCCAUACACCAGCAUCACCAGCCAGAUACUCACCUGUUUCAAAAGCAAUGCUUGGAGAUGAUGAAAUUACAAGGGAACCUAGGAAAGUUGUUCUUCAUCGUGGCUCAACAGGCCUUGGUUUCAACAUUGUAGGAGGUGAAGAUGGAGAAGGAAUAUUUAUUUCCUUUAUCUUGGCUGGAGGACCUGCUGAUCUUAGUGGAGAGCUCAGAAAAGGAGAUCGUAUUAUAUCGGUAAACAGUGUUGACCUCAGAACUGCCAGCCAUGAGCAAGCAGCAGCCGCUUUGAAAAAUGCUGGCCAAGCGGUCACAAUUGUUGCGCAAUAUCGGCCUGAAGAAUACAGUCGUUUUGAAGCCAAAAUACAUGACUUACGGGAGCAGAUGAUGAAUAGUAGCAUUAGUUCAGGAUCAGGUUCUCUUCGAACUAGCCAGAAGCGAUCCCUCUAUGUCAGAGCCCUUUUUGAUUAUGACAAGACUAAAGACAGUGGCCUUCCCAGUCAGGGAUUGAACUUCAAAUUUGGAGAUAUCCUCCAUGUUAUUAAUGCUUCUGAUGAUGAAUGGUGGCAAGCCAGGCAGGUUACACCAGAUGGGGAGAGUGACGAAGUUGGGGUAAUUCCCAGUAAACGCAGAGUUGAGAAGAAAGAACGAGCCCGAUUAAAAACAGUGAAAUUUAAUUCUAAAACAAGAGGAGAUAAAGGGCAGUCAUUCAAUGACAAGCGUAAAAAGAACCUCUUUUCCCGAAAAUUCCCCUUCUACAAGAACAAGGACCAGAGUGAGCAGGAAACAAGUGAUGCUGACCAGCAUAUAACUUCUAAUGCCAGCGAUAGUGAAAGUAGUUACCUAAUCUUGAUUACAGAUGAGUAUGGCUGCUCAAAAGGUGGUCAAGAAGAAUAUGUCUUGUCUUAUGAGCCAGUGAAUCAACAAGAAGUUAAUUAUACUCGACCAGUGAUCAUAUUGGGACCUAUGAAAGACAGGAUAAAUGAUGACUUGAUCUCAGAAUUUCCUGACAAAUUUGGAUCAUGUGUUCCUCAUACAACUAGACCAAAACGAGACUAUGAGGUAGAUGGAAGAGAUUAUCAUUUUGUGACUUCAAGAGAGCAGAUGGAAAAAGAUAUUCAAGAACAUAAAUUUAUUGAAGCUGGCCAGUAUAACAACCAUCUAUAUGGAACAAGUGUUCAGUCUGUGCGGGAAGUAGCAGAAAAGGGCAAACACUGUAUCCUCGAUGUGUCUGGAAAUGCCAUAAAGAGAUUACAGAUUGCACAACUUUACCCAAUCUCCAUUUUUAUUAAACCCAAAUCCAUGGAAAAUAUCAUGGAAAUGAAUAAGCGUCUAACAGAAGAACAAGCCAGAAAGACAUUUGAGAGAGCCAUGAAACUGGAACAAGAAUUUACUGAACAUUUCACAGCUAUUAUACAGGGAGAUACGCUGGAAGACAUUUAUAACCAAGUGAAGCAGAUCAUAGAAGAACAGUCUGGUCCUUACAUCUGGGUUCCAGCAAAAGAAAAGUUAUGAGGACUGAUGUUUCUCUGUUUCUCUUUUCCACAGUCCAUUUUCUCUGACACUUCUUUGCCCUUUCCUUUUGGAGUCUGUCUACAAUACACCUUCCACGUUGAGUCAUAUCCCACUCAUCAUGGUCUACAAGUUGUGCUUAGUUUUGACAUCUAGGGUCUCCUUAAAGUUGUAGCAUCUGUAUUAUUUUAUGUCACUGUUGGUUUGUGGCCAUUUUUCAGAACUGAAGAUGGAAUGGCCUGACCAGCUAUUAAGGAUUUGGGGAGACUGGGAAAUUGUGGCAAAAUUCCUUAAUGUUUAAGGGAAAGUAACUUUAAGAGAUUUUCAGAAAAGCUUUAUAUACAUUCUUUUCAAAUUUCAGUAUAAAUGAAAGAAAAGUGUUAAUCAGUGAUUUAGUAAACUUUGAGCAACAGUGCACGCUUAACUUUAAUAGCAUGGUUUGGCCAAUAUAUUAACUCUCAAGUCCUUUUCUCAAUUGACUUGUGUUAUCAAAGCAAAUAUUUAAUUAUAGACAAAUAAGGAAAAUACGUUUUUUAAUUUCAAAAUUAAUGUCUGCAUUAACUUUCAUAAUUUCACAAGGGAUAUUCAUUUUUCAUAAGAGUUCUUCAUGUCUUUUAUUGUUUGAGGGUUUUUUUCUCAACACAUUUGCUAGGAAUAGCAGUGUUAAAAAUGUUUUUAAUCUUGUGCAGCACUGUUUAUAGUGUCUUAAAAAAGUUCAUACAUAAUGAUCAUCACAUUCUCUGAAUUGAGGCCAUGUUUAGGUGCUAGGGGAGCUCACCUUUUACACAUAAGGUUGAGGAAACUUCAUAGACAUAAAUACAGACAGAACAGACAUUACAGUGGUGAUGUAGUAAUCAUUAUGGCAAUGGAAAAGGAGUCCAGUUCAUAGUCUAAAACUUUAAAUGUAUUCUUAGGGAUCAGAUUUUAAUGAAUAUUUUACCCACAGUAACUGCCUAUUUUGUUAUAAUAAAAUAUAUAUAUAUAUAAAUAUAUAUAAAACUUUCUUUAACUAAACUGUAACUAUGGGAAUUAUUUUCUUUACAUAGUUGCACACACACACAAACAUACAUAUAUAUUUAAAAUAUAUUUUUUCUUUUGCCACCUACUCUUAACUUUUUGUUUGGUUUUUAAAUUAAAUAUUAAUUGAUUAGACUUUAUCUUCCUUAAUCAUGUGAACUGAAAAAGGGGGUAUGGUGGUUGUGGAAAGAAACCUUUAGGGAAAUUAGAUUACAUACAGAAGUAUAGGCAUGUUCUCCUCUUUUCUACAAAAGUUUUCAAAUGGUUCCUGGUUCUGUUUUGGGGUUUUUUGUUACUGUUGUUCUUGUCAUUGGGUUUGGAUUUGGUCUUCUGCCUCUCCUUCCAGUUCUCCUUUCACUAAUAGGCAAAUAAGCAAAAGCCUCGUGUGUGUUUUCCCCUCAGACUGCACACUUUUCACCUCUCGUAGCUGCUGUGCACUAGAGUCGCACAGAUCUUCAUGGUGAGCAAUUUUAAGAAAUUUUAGUGAAAGGUAGAUAUGAUUUCAGAAAUCAACUUCUCUGGUCUUUUAAUAAUAUUGUUUGGCUUCCCUUUGCUUUUUUGGAGUUGUUUAUUAAAUACGUGUUUUUCACAGCCUCCUCAUUACAGUUUCUUAAAUGAGUACUGGUUUGUAAAGGAUUAUCAACAUUAUCCAUUCCAUUUAUGAGAAAGAGGAGAACAGCUAAUAAACUUUGUUGUAAAAUCCA